AUGGCACCGGCCCUUGCUGGCGAGUUCGCCUUCAGCCUGAGACGCUUUCGAUCAGUACUUCUGCCUCAGCUCCGACACCUCACUGAUGCUGCGGCGCUAGCGGCCAUUGAGGGAGAAGAUGCGAUUGCACAGCGAGGCCGAAACAAAGGCAUCAGUUCUGCGGACCCUUCACCGGGCCAGGUGGUCGAGAUCUUGGGUACAGAGGACGUGGAAUCGUUCCCAAGGCUUCAGAGACCCUUUGUGGACAGGAUGUGGCUGUCCGCGAAGGCCGGUAACGGUGGAAACCCAGCGCCGAAUGCAAACCGGAGGCCGCACAUACCGACCGGUCCUGGCUAUGGCGGACAUGGAGGGAGCGUGAUUCUGAAGGCAACAACCCAAAUCGAAAGCUUUCUGGACGUGCCUGAGCAAAUCAAAGCUGAUCACGGCGGCGAUGGAUAUGACACAUCCCGCGGCAAGCACGGCAAAGACUAUGUGCUUCAGGUUCCACUUGGUACAAUCGUACGCGAACGCGUCUUCAGUGGCGAGCGCACGUCAGAAGGCCGUCGAAUCUUUCUUCCGCAAUUCAGAUACCAGUUUCUGCGCCAUGAGGAUACCUACAUCGUGGCACGCGGGGGGACAGGUGGUGUUGGACCGAAGUCGUUCAAGAAGGGCGACAGUCGGCGUCCAACCCAUGGCCAGAGGACGCGGCUCGAACUUGAGCUGCGGCUCAUGAAUGAUGCAGCCUUGGUGGGGAUGCCCAAUGCAGGCAAGACUUCGCUGCUGGCUGCGCUCAGCCGGGCACAUACGCGAAUUGGGCCUGAGGAGUUCAGCACCACGAGGCCCCAUGUGGGCGUUAUCCAGUUCCGGGAUCGCGUGGAGAUCCGCGUCUGCGACCUGCCAGGUCUAUCAGAAGGUGCUCACGAGGACAAACUGAUGGGGAGACGGAUUCUCAGGCACACCUACCGCUCGAGGGCAUUGGCUUUCGUAGUAAAUGUGGCCCGAGGAGAGUCUUCGGAGCAGGACGUCCUAUCCGAGGUGGAGAUGCUGCGGGAGGAAGCUAUUCGCUUCGAUCCCCUCAACAAGGAGAAGCCCUGGAUGGUCAUCGGGACGAAAUGUGACCUUCUGCACCGCGACCCCCUGUUCCACCUUGACAGUCUGUUCUAUAGACUGCGGGCGCGGUAUGGAGAGGAGGUGCCGGUUGUGGGAACAUCAUCGCGGUUUGGACUUGGCAUUACGCGAACCGUCAGGACCUUGCGUCAGCUUAUCUAUCCAGACAUGUUGGAGGCACGGCCACGUCUGGGUGCGGAUCCAGAGCUGCGAAGGCAGCCCAAGGUCCUCCACGGCCCCUACCUUGGCCCGUUGCCCUCGCUGGGUGAGUAUGCUGACCCGCGGACACAACCAAAACUGCUGCGCGAGCUGGACGAGGUGCCAAAGCUGACCCCGUAG